ACUUUUACAUGAAUCACAAGAAGAAGAAGAAGGAAAAAAGGAGAACCAAACUCCUUAAAUACCCUUCAGUGUUUCAGGACCUCAGUGAGUGAACUCAGAGUCAACAACAAUGAUCGGUUUAUUGCUGCUGCUGCUGCUGGUCCCUCAGUCCUCCACUGGGCCUCUGAGGUCCGACGACGACGACGGCUGGUUUGUAGCAGAGAAGUACCUCCGUCGCCUCUAUGGUUUGUCACCUGGUCUCCGAGGUGCACGAACUUCUUCAAGUGAAUUUCAGACCAAAAUUAAGGAAAUGCAAAGAUUCUUCAAGCUGAAGGUAACUGGGAAUCUCGAUGAUAACACUUUGGAUCUGAUGAAAGAGCCCAGAUGUGGUGUGCCAGAUGUUGCAGAGUAUAACCACUUUCCUCGAGACCUCAAAUGGAUGACCAACGCUAUCACAUUCAGGAUCUUGAACUACACCCCUGAUCUGAAGAAGUCCGAUGUAGACAGAGCCAUUCGCACGGCACUAAAUGUUUGGGCUGACGUCACCCCUUUGACUUUUAAAAAGCUGUACCAGGGCAACGCCGACAUCAUGAUCAGCUUUGGAACAAAAGAACACGGAGACCACAACCCAUUUGAUGGCCCAGACGGCCUGCUGGCUCAUGCCUACCCUCCGGGCCAGGGCAUCGGAGGAGACACUCACUUCGAUGAGGACGAACACUGGACCAAAGAUUCAUCGACUUACAACCUGUUCAUAGUGGCAGCCCACGAGUUGGGCCACGCCCUCGGUAUGUCCCAUUCAUCAGACCCUGGUGCCUUGAUGUACCCCGUUUACUCCUACGCCACUGGUUACCCACUGUCUGUAGAUGACAUCAAUGGAAUUCAAGCACUGUAUGGUCCCAACCCAGACUCAAAGAAAGUACAGCCCAAACCUGAUGCACCAACCAAAUGUGACCCCAUGUUGAGUUUUGAUGCUGUCACAGAGCUCAGAGGAGAAACCAUCAUCUUCAAAGACGAGUAUUAUUGGCGUCUCCAUCCUCAGAUGCCAGAACCUGAGCAGACUCUAAUCAAGUCCACCUGGCCCUCCAUUUCAAAGAAAGUGGACGCAGCUUACGAAAACCCCGAGAAAGAUUUAGUCAUCAUAUUCAGUGGAAUUCGAAUGUGGGCUUUGAAUGGAUAUAAUCUUGUGGAUGGUUACCCAAAGUACAUCCACAAGCUUGGUCUUCCUAAGAAGAUAAGGAAAGUAGAUGCAGCUGUGCACAUUAAAGACACUGGGAAAACUUUACUCUUCACUGAGGAAGAGUAUUGGAGCUACGAUGAAGAAACGGGCACCAUGGACACUGGCUACCCUCGAUCCAUUGAGGAAGACUUUCCAGGAAUGGAUGACGAAGUCGACGCUGCUGUUUUCCAACAUGGAUACUUAUAUUUCUUCCAUGAUCACCUGCAGUAUGAGUACAGUUACACCUCAAGGAAGGUCAUCCGCAUAAUGAGAACCAACUCGUUCCUCAACUGCUGAUGAGACGAAUCAUCACUCAGGACUUCAGAAACCUCAUGAAUGAUUUUAGCUAGCUGUAAUUUAUAUUAAAAAAAUAUAUUAAAAUCAGUAAACUGAAAAACAACUCAAAGAUAUUGAAAUUGUUACCAGUGCUGGACACAGAAAAUUCAAUGAAAAUAUAUGAACUCCUAUUAAAAUGUUUUAUAUGUGUUCUUACAUCUUUAGCAAGCUGCAAUGUUUCUUAUUCCCACUGGUCUGUGACCUUAUUAUCAUGAUGUGCUUUUUAUUUUAACUUAUUAAUUUAUUUCAGUAUUUGACUAUAAAUCUUUUGUAUGUUUAGUUAAUUGUUCAUCCAGCUGGAUUUCUUAACUUCUUUCUUUAAAAGAUGUUCUCCUCAGUGAAUAAAAAAUUAGGUAAAAAAAAAAUAAUAAAUGAACUCCAAAACAAACACAAAUUUGCUGUAAAUGCUGCAUCAUUACAAUGUUUGUGGAAAGCAACUUAUUGAAUAAAAAAAUCUGUAA